CACAAACCAGCCAACCAACUUCCCACCUCCCUUUCGUUUUGUUGUGUUGAUUGACAUGGACGGGGUGUAUGAGUUUGUGUGCGAGGAGCAGAACAAUGCGCCCUAUUUGGCACAGCUCAAGCCCCGGGCGGGCUUUGAUACAGCCAUCGAAGCGGUGGCAGCCGGUGGGGAGAAGGGCGCACCGCGCAUGACACUGACAUUGUCUGGCAAUGGCGGGGUGUUCUCUGUGGCAGAGAAGCAGUUCAAUCUCCUCUUUGGGCCGCAGGGAACAGGACCCAAGCCAGAGUGCCUCAUUUUCGAUCAGCACAGAUUCACAUCCAUCGGAGCAAUCAAGCAGGUGGCCAACGUCACGCCCAGGCGAAGUGCAUCCUCACAGCCACGCACUCCCAUCUCAUCCGGCAUGCCACGGAAGACGCGCAACAGCAGCGGUGUUGGGCGAACACCAACCACCCUCACCCUCACAAGCUCAACCGCUGGCCGCCGCCGCCGAGCCAAGAAGGCGCCAAUGAUUGCCACAGCACCCAAACCAUCGUCAUCAUCAUCAUCAUCAUCGUCAUCGUCUGUGACACCGCCGCCGUCCAGCACGACGACAGCACCAGCGCCGCCUCGCGUCUCCCCAAACGGGUUGCGCAAGGCCACAACAGCUUCGCCGACAAAGAUUGCUGCCAAGCUUGCAUCAAGGACAUCACCCAAACCGUCGUCAUCGUCAUCAAUGACAUCAUCAUCAAUGACAUCAUCAUCAUCGUCGUUGGGUGGGCAGCUGACGGCUGCGGAGUACCGGGCCAAGCGGGAGGCGUUUGCUGUGCAGUUGAAGGAAUACAGAGCAUUGGAGAAGAAGAUUGAGGCCGAGAUCAACGUGUUCUCAGAAGUUGGGCGCAGCUACCGGGAGGCAAAAGACGAGGCGAUGCGCAGCAGCACGGCGGAGGUCCUGCAGAAGAUGUACGCAAAGAAGCACAAGGAGUUUGAUGCGAUGAUGGUGCGGUAUGACGCCAUGAACACGCGACUCAAGGCCAUGCAGCGUGCACUCAAAGCACACGAGCAGCAACAGCAACAACAGCAGCCAGAAGUGGCUGCAACGGAAGGCUAACGGAAACGGAAAGACGUCAUCAAAUCAGAAACAAGAAGAAGACAACACACGAACCCUAACUUAAGCAGCGAUGAAAGACUACAAGCCAAGUUGCGCGCGCACAUUCCUUACACACGACUGCAAGCGGCGCACAUGUUUUUGUGUGUGUGUGUAAGUGUGUGUGUGCAUGGCUAACUCCUCUCUCAAUAAACGAGACUACAUAACCAAA